AAAAUAAUAGAUGUAUGUGGUUUUAAGGUUUAAGCAAAUACUUUUUUGUGAUCUUUACACCGCGCAGGCGCCACAUGGUCUGUUCAGGGCCGAUAAAUGUAAGGUGUAAGGGGAGGUAAAUAACCAGAACCAAAGAUGUCGUAUCCAGGACAGCCAGGGUAUGGUGCUCCCCAUUAUGGACAACAAGGUGCUUAUGGUGCUCCAAACCCUGGUGGAUAUGGAGCCCCAGCUGGUUAUGCUGGAGGAUAUGGAGGUGCCCCACCUCCAGGAGGAUAUGGACCACCUGCAGGUAAUUAUCCCGGGGCUCCUCCUCCUGGAUAUACUGGUGCCUCGCCAGGUCAAUUUGGAGCUCCACAGGGCAUUGACCCUCAGAUAAUUCAGUGGUUCCAGGCUGUAGACCAAGAUCGCUCUGGCCGGAUAACUGCUAAUGAGUUACAACGAGCUCUUGUUAAUGCUAACUGGUCACAGUUCAACCCAGAGACAUGUCGACUGAUGAUUGGUAUGUUUGAUCGCGACAUGAGUGGAACAAUUGACAUCAAUGAAUUUCAGUCAUUGUGGCAUUACAUUCAGCAGUGGCGCAGCACAUUUGAACGAUAUGAUUCUAAUCGUUCAGGCUCCAUUGAGGCUGCUGAGCUCCAUACAGUUUACCAGCAGAUGGGAUACAAUAUUUCACCCCAGUUUGUGCAAACUGUAUUAUACAAGUUUGACCACUACGGACGCCGGAGUCUCACUUUAGACCUGUUCAUCCAGUCUUGUGUCUUGCUGAAGUCGUUAACUGAUGCCUUCAGACAGCGUGAUACUAACAUGUCUGGCACCAUUAAUCUGUCAUAUGAAGAUUUCAUGACAAUGGCUGUGUUGUACAAGCCUUAGAUGUCAUGUUACUAUUGCCAUGAUGUUUGAAGUUUCUAUUGCACUUUAAACAAUAACAAGUAUUCUGGCCAUUUUAAUAACAACUUAUAUAUGCUUAUGUUGAUCUUGUGACUGUAUUACUGAUGACUUCUCUUUAAAUAAUAAUAUUUUUUAAUGUUUUAAGAGCUUUUAACUAAAAUUUACAUUUUUAAUUUUCUCAUUAGAUUUUGAAAAAGUAAUAAAUUUUUUGCUCCUUGGCACAAGAUUAUUUCCCUUUUGAUAGGCUCAUUAUAUCAGCUUUUAUUUUUAAAUGAAGCAGAUAUUUUUCUUACUAAUUUUUUAAAUCAUAGUUUAGUGCCCAUAAUAGAAAUAAUUGUAUUUUUAUUUUCUAUAUGCUUACCUUUGAAACAAAUGUUGUAAUUAUAAGUUUUAACUGCAUUCUGUAUGCGUAUUGUAUGGCACAUCAAUAUACUUACGAUUGAUAUUUAUUAUGAUAGCAUUAUAAUUGACAGAUAUCCUCUCAUCUUAUAUAGCACAAAAAAGGCAAGGGAGAAUUUUGAUGGCAUAACCUGUUAGUCUGAUAGUUUUAUGUGCAGAUAUUAAUGAGCAUGCAUAUUUCUGCCUGCAGAAUGUGCAACACACAAUCACACACAUAAACAGAAUCUCACUUUUUCAAAUAAGCUUAGUUUUACUCUCACACGAACUUUGUCAUACUUGUGCACACUACUAACUGAAAGUGUGUGAAUUGUCAAAGUACUCAUAAACGGGAUUACUGAAAAAUUAUGUGAAGUUUUUCUUCUUUAGAGAUAAAGUAUAAUGCAGCAUUGUGAUUAAUAUUUUGCAGUUCUCUUUACUGUUUUUCUGUACAAUUUUUUUUUUUUUUGAAACUUUGAGUUCACAGAGUUGAGGAAACAGAGCAUGAAAGCCAGGUCUUUCUGCUGCACAUUACUUUUUAAGAUCCGGCAUCCAUUUAUGGCUAGGUGCAGUCCUUCCUCACAUCUGCUUAUUUUGAAACAUUGAUUGUUUUCAUGAUUAACAUAACUGAUUGUUUGCUAGUCACAGUUUUCAAUCGAAGACAUUUUAAGGUGGGACGAAGUAACAAGGCGUAGAAAUGGCUUAAUAUCUGAACUGGAAAGGAUUUUUUUAUGUGUGUGUGUAUUUAUAUGACAAGAUAAUUAAAAAUCAGUCAGGAAAAGGUCAUUUCCAAGAUAUGUAUGAAUCAGAUUUGGUCUUGAUAUAAGUUUAAAUUUCCGCUGAUGUUCUCACAAUUUAAAAAAAAAAACAAAUACUGUUAUUACAGUGUUUUGUACCAUCCUACAUCUGGAUGCUCUCAUGUUACAAUGUACAUUUUUAGCAUUUGGUUGCAUAUUUAAGAAAUGUUUGAAGAUAAACUUUAAGACCAAAGCAUUACUAAAACAGAAUACAGAUAAUUAUAGGGGAAAUGGGGCUUGUUUAUUAUUUUGCUACACACCCCAUCUUUAAGUCAGGUCAGUGGUAAAUCCCUUCAGCCACAGUUCUGCACCAUUUCUUUCUGUUUCUGUGUGUUUCUGUCUCUAGUCUAAUGCCAACAAUGUCAGAUUGUUCUACAUAAUAAACAUAUAGUUGUUGUAAA